UGACUGGCUUCUCAUUUUAGUAACUGCGCUGCCAUGCCUCGCGCGGCAAUGCAGAUCGUAUUUAUGUAUUUUUAAUGAAAGGAAGCCAGGAGAAAAGAGCGUAUAAUAAUAAUAAUAAUAAAAAAAAUGUUCCGGACCCCUAUUGCAGAGAUGGGGCUCGUGGGCUGGGUUGCCGCUUAUGGUUUUGAAUGAAGACUGCUGCUGCGUCUGUGAUACGCCGUCCGGCGUGUUGAGGGAGUGCUAACCUGCAGGACCCCCCGCCUCCCACCCCACCCCCUGGCUCGAGGCGAGCGUGGGAAGGGUUCGCUGACCAGGCUGUCACAUUGCAUCUUGAUUGCCGUUACCGGACGUCGGCAUUAAGGAGAGUGGAAAGUCGGUGUGUGCAGGCACUUGUAACGGGAGCGAAGGGAGGGGGGUGGGAGGUAAACGGGGAGUCCCGCCUCUGGUCUCAGUUUAGUAGGGAAAACAAAAGAGCGCCUGCCCCUAUCGUCCGCUUCGGAUGGACUGAGGAGAUCCGCCAGCACAUCGAGCCCCGGCGCCGGAUUGAUGCCGUUUCCCUUGCCCAGCUCCUUUAAUCGUCAGGUCCACAGCUGAUAGUAGCCGCGCCGCUCAGUCUUCACCGAUCAGGCCAGCAAGAGCGCAGACGAUAUGGGAGUCCUCAUUCGCAGUGUGGUGGUACUCGCUCUCAUCUGUCAAAGCCAUAGCCUGGGUGUCAGAAACCCACUUUACAGGUUUAAAAGGUAUCAGGAAAGUGCUUGGUCCGAUCUUAAUGAGUGCUCCAAAACAAGACCGCCUGUUAUCCUCACCAAUCCCUUCAACUUCUCAAUGGAUAUUCGCAUGCCUGCUGUCGUUCCCACUGCGUCGGAGUCCUAUUUGUGUGUGGCCGUUCCAGUGCCCACAGCGAGGGACUCUUAUGUAGUGGACUUUGUGCCUCAUGCGAGUAUGGACACUGCCCACCACAUGUUGCUGUACGGCUGCAGGACUCCCUAUUCUACUGAAGGCUACUGGGACUGUGGAAGCAAUCAAGGAACCUGUGAAGACGAAGCGAAAAUCAUCUACGCCUGGGCAAGGAACGCUCCGCCCACAAAGUUACCCAGAGAUGUUGGCUUUAAAGUCGGAGGUGAUACAAGAAUUACUUACUUUGUGCUGCAAAUUCACUAUGGAGAUGUAUCUUCUUUCAGAGACAACCAUAGAGACUGCUCAGGACUUACCUUAAGAAUGACUUCCAAACCACAGCCCUACAUUGCUGGCAUGUAUCUCAUGAUGUCUGUGGACACAGUUAUCCCGCCAGGAAAGAAAGUUACGAAUGCAGACAUUGCAUGUACUUACAAGUCGUAUCCAAUGUACCCAUUUGCAUUCAGGACCCAUACACACCGCCUAGGAAAAGUAGUCACUGGGUACAGGGUUCGGGAUGGAAAGUGGACUCUGAUUGGACGACAGUCUCCUCAGUUACCACAGGCGUUUUACCCUGCGAGUAAUCCUGUCGAAAUAAGAUACGGAGAUAAACUUGCGGCCAGAUGUGUUUUCACAGGGGAAGGAAAGUCCACAACAACACGUAUUGGGGGCACCUCCGAUGAUGAGAUGUGCAAUUUCUAUAUCAUGUAUUACAUGGACAACAAGCAUGCCAUCCCCUACAUGAACUGCAUGGAGACUGGCAAAGGGGACCUUUUCAAAAAUAUCCCCAAAGAGGCAAACAUUCCCAUCCCUGUGAGUCCAGACAACAUGAUGGCAAUGAUGCACGGCCACGGGCACCACACAGAUGCUCAGGAUGACUACGGUCUGCUGCAGCCAAAGAGAGAGGAGGAGGAAGUUCUGGACCAGGGUGACUUCUAUUCCCUUCUCUCCAAAAUCCUAGGGGAGAGAGAGGACGUUGUCCACGUGCAUAAAUAUAAUCCCGCAGAGGCAGAGCGAGACCGGUCGGAUCUGGUGGCUGAAAUUGAUAGCAUUAUCCAAAAGAAGGACCGGGGUUGGCCUGGUCCCAGAGUAGACUUCAAUGAGCGUGAGGAUGCUAUUCUUAUGAGGGACAGAAUUCACAAAUUUCACCAGUUAGAGUCCACUGUAAGGCCGCCCGGGAGCAAGAUUAUACCAGCUAACCAACCGAACGCGAUCGAGGCAAGCGCUCGAAAGCAAGGAUUCCAUCUGGAGGAAAUGGCGGACUGGCCAGAGGUUCAGCUCCAGCUGGGCCAGGUUUCCGGACUGGCCCUGGACUCAGACGACAACCUGGUCAUCUUCCAUCGGGGCGACCACAGAUGGGGGGUCAACUCAUUUGACAACCGGCGCAUUUACCAGCAGCAGUCACUGGGUCCCAUUCAGCAGUCUACAAUCCUGGUCGUGGAUCCUGUCAAAGGCAACGUCCUAAAGGCCUCUGGAAGAAACAUGUUUUACUUACCCCACGGUAUAACUACAGACAAGAACAAUGACUACUGGGUCACCGAUGUAGCACUUCACCAGGUGUUUAAAUUAGCAAGUGACGGAGGUGACAAGCCGCUGGUGGUCUUGGGACAGGCCUUUGAACCAGGAAGUGACAAAGACCACUUCUGCCAGCCCACCGAUGUGGCCGUAGACCCGAAAACGGGAAACAUCUACGUGUCCGACGGCUACUGCAACGCCAGGAUCCUAAAAUUCUCACCAGAGGGAAAAUACCUCACUCACUGGGGAGCAGGGUCUUCAGACAGGCGGAAGCGGGUUCAGUUCCGAAUUCCCCACAGCUUGGCCUUCCUGCCGGACAAACGUGAGCUCUGUGUGGCCGACCGGGAGAACGGCCGGAUCCAGUGCUUCGUGGCCGAAUCGGGAGAGUUUGUGAAGGAGAUUAAGAAGGACGAGUUCGGAGGAGAGGUGUUCGCCGUCUCCUACGCGCCCGUCCACGGCGGCCUGAUAUAUGCCGUGAAUGGAGAGUCCGCCUACGGGCAGUCGGCCCCGCUCAAGGGCUUCGUCAUUGAUUAUUCAACCAAGGAAAUCCUGGACUCCUUCAGCCCAGACACACAGGAGUUUAAAAUGCCGCACGACAUUGUUGUCACCAGAGAUGGAAGUGUCUUUGUAGGAGACGCAGCCACUGACGCUGUGAUCAAGUUUGUCUCAUCUGAAAAAGCUGAGCAUCGUUCCGUCAAAAAAGGAGGAAUUGAAGUCCAAGAAAUUGAAGAAACAGAGACGUUCGUCCAAACCCAGCUGAAGCCCCUCCGCAAACUGCCCGUCCAGCAGCCAGAGCCGGUGCCGGCCAAGCAGGGAACCCCCACGCCCCUGCAGCACCAGGAGGAGACGCCCGAGGAGAAGCCCAAGGCCAAGAAGGGGUCGAUGCAGGCCGCCCAGGGUGUCUCGCCCGCCAUCGUCACCACCCUGCUGCUCAUCCCUCUGGUGGUGGUCAUCGCCAUCGGCGUCUUCAUCCGCUGGAGGAAGACCAGGAUGUACGGAGAUGACUGUGAGGUGAAACUGGAGCCUAGCUCUUCCGGAGGAAUAUUGGGAAAACUCAGAGGUAAAGCCGGGGGUGGUCUGAACUUAGGGAACUUCUUUGCGAGCCACAAGGGCUACAGCCGGAAAGGCUUCGACCGGCUUAGCACAGAGGGCAGCGACCAGGAAAAGGAUGACGAGGAGGCCACCGACUCUGAAAACGAAGAGUACUCCGCCCCGCCUCCGCCCAUCUCCUCCUCCUAGGACCCCCGGGACAGGCCCAAGAGGAACGCCAGUCAAACGUUCUGCUCACGUGUUCAGGAUGUAUUCUACUCGUAUAUGUAAUUGUUUGUAUGGGCUGCCAAUAUUUUAUUUAUUUGUGCAAAGUUUCUCAAUAAGAAGUAUGACUGCCACUUUUAUUUAUAUAUUAACGGGACCAGAUUAAAAAAGGAGAACCCCAAUAGAUCAAAUUAUGAAGCUAUAGGUUCUAACUUUACUGGGAGAGAGAGAGAGAGAGAGAAAGAGAGAGAGGAAGAGGGAUAUCAUUUAUUUUUGUUACAAUUUAACAGAUUAUCUUCCAAUAAUGUAUCAGCCAAACAGCAUUUUUAAGUUUUCAGGUUAUUGGUCCAGUACUUUGGUUGAUAAUUUUUUUUAUUUGUACAUUUGUGCCUUUUUGAUUAUGUAUUCCGCCUUCUGCAGCACCUACUAUUACAGAUGUGCCACAUUAUGAAAGAGCUGCUAAUGUCACCUGCGUUUUGAUUUCAUUGGUAUCGCAUUAAUUGAAAGGAAAAGAUAAAUUAUUAUUAAUAUGAUGUAUCUAAGACUGUAUUUACUACAUUUUCCAAUCGGAUGUGAGAUGUGUCUAAUAUUUAAUUGUGACAUACUGAGGUUUUAUUGCCAGAAUACUAUUUUCUGUAACAAUGUUAUUUGUGUAAUAAAGUGUCUGCAAAGCA